AUGCAGCCUCGACGGGAAUAUCAUAUUGUGGUCCUGGGCGCUGGAGGUGUUGGGAAGAGCUGUCUUACAGCCCAGUUUGUGCAGAAUGUUUGGAUUGAAAGCUACGACCCGACGAUUGAAGACUCGUAUCGAAAACACAUCGAGGUAGACGGUCGGCAAUGUAUUCUGGAAAUACUUGAUACUGCGGGGACAGAGCAAUUCACUGCAAUGAGGGAACUCUACAUGAAACAAGGACAAGGCUUCCUCCUCGUCUUUUCCAUCACCAGCAUGUCCUCACUCAACGAGCUCUCCGAGAUCCGCGAACAGAUUGUGCGCAUCAAAGACGACGAAAAAGUACCCAUCGUGAUUGUCGGCAACAAAUCCGAUUUAGAAGAGGACCGCGCCGUGUCGCGAUCACGAGCCUUUUCGCUAUCGCAGACCUGGGGCAAUGCGCCAUACUACGAAACGUCAGCGCGUCGACGCGCCAACGUCAACGAAGUCUUUGUCGACCUGUGUCGCCAGAUCAUCCGCAAGGACUUGCAGCAGUCGCAAUCUAGUAUAAUGGAUCUGCAGACUCGCAAGCGCGAAGCGCCCGUUAACAAUAGCCGCAAACAAAACCGUCGUCGACGUCGCGGACAAUGUGUGGUCAUAUAA